AUGAUUGCAUUGCUACAAGCCGUUAACGUAGACGUGAGGGAGCUACGGCUCGGGGCAAUAGCUAUAGUAGGAGUUAUAUUUAUUGUUUCGGGCUGUUUGUUUUAUUGGACACAUCUAGAGGAGUGUCCAAUCACAAAGCGAAAGAAAUUCUUAGUACUUUCAGCGGGUGAGAGGCAGACGAUGGGAGAGCAAUUGUCAGUCAAAUUUGUUGAAAGGUACACAGGGAGAGUGAAGAUGACCGGUGAAGCUUGUGAGCAUGUAUCUGGAAUAUGCAAAAGAAUGGUAAAAGCCAACAAACACUUGCCGGGAAUAAAGAAAGAUUGGCGCGUGUUCAUAAUCGAGGAUAGUAAAGUCAGGAACGCAUUCGUCUUACCCAACGGACACAUCUUUGUGUUCUCUGGUAUAGUAGAAACGGUGAAAAACAAUGAUCAGUUAGCUGCAGUGGUGGGUCAUGAGAUGGCUCAUGCUCUUCUGAACCACGCCAGUGAGAAGAUGAGCAACACUCUAUUGCUGAAGCUGAUAUUGCUGGUGCCCAUAUUGAUCAUAUGGGCUAAGCUUCCUGAAGCAGCUGGGUACGCUGAUUAUCUCAGUGAAAUCAUGUUCACCCUCCCGAUGAGCAGACAGCUCGAAACUGAAGCGGAUGUCGUAGGCGUGGAGAUGAUGUCGAGAGCUUGCUUCGAUCCUCGCCAGGCAGUUGAACUUUGGAAGCUAAUGGACGAACUAGCUCGGACGAAUAAAAUUGAGUGGAUGUCAACUCACCCAAGUCCUGGAACUCGCUACCAGACUUUGGAAAAACUCAUGCCCGGCGCGAUGGGUAUAUACUCUAGCCAUUGUAAAACUUGA